AUGUCUCUUUGUAUAAUUACAUCUGGAUUACAUUACCCCCCACGUGAGAGACCCCCCCCAGAGAGAUCCCCCACUCCAGAGAGACCCCCCCCCCAGAGUUCCCCCUCCAGAGAGACCCACCCAGAGAGAUCCCCACUCCAUAGAGACCCCCCCAGAGAUCCCCCAGAGAGACCCCCCAGAGAACCCCCAAGAGAGACCCCCCAGAGAGAUCCCCCACUACAGAGAGACCCCACCCAGAGAGAUCCACCCCAGAGAGAUCCCCCACUCCAUAGAGACCCCCCCCAGAGAUCCCCUCCAGAGAGACCCCCCCAGAGACACCCCCCUAGAGAGACCCCCCGGAGAAACCCCCAGAGAACCCCCGAGACAGACCCCCCAGAGAGAUCCACCCCAGAGAGACCCCCCAGAGAGACCCCCCCAGAGAGAUCCCCCACUCCAGAGAGACCCCCCCAGAGAUCCCCCUCCAGAGAGACCCCCCAGAGAGAUCCCCCACUCCAGAGAGACCUCCCCAGAGACACCCCCCAGAGAGAUCCCCCACUCCAGAGAGACCCCCCAGAGAUCCCCCUCCAGAGAGACCCCCCCCAGAGAUCCCCCUCCAGAGAGACCCCCCCCCAGAGACACCCCCUAGAGAGACCCCCCGGAGAAACCCCCCAGAGAACCCCCGAGACAGACCCCCCAGAGAUCCACCCCAGAGAGACCCCCCAGAGAGAUCCCCCACUCCAGAGAGACCUCCCCAGAGAGACCUCCCCAGAGAGACCCCCCAGAGAGAUCCUCCACUCCAGAGAGACCCCCCACAGAGAUCCCACUCCAGAGAGACCCCCUCCAGAGAGACCCCCUCCAGAGAGACCCCGCCCCAGAGAGAUCCCCCACUCCAGAGAGACCCCCUCCAGAGAGACCCCCCCAGAGACCCCCCUCCAGAGAGACCCCCUUAACGUGAAAUAUUCAUUAUGA